CGUGCCGGGGCUGGGCCGCGGCGCAACUGGCUUCACCACCCGGUCGGACAUUGGGCCUGCCCGGGACGCCAACGACCCUGUGGACGACCGCCAUGCGCCGCCAGGGAAGAGGACCGUGGGUGACCAGAUGAAGAAGAACCAGGCUGCUGAUGACGACGACGAGGACCUGAAUGACACCAACUAUGACGAGUUUAACGGCUAUGCAGGCAGCCUCUUCUCCAGCGGGCCCUACGAGAAGGACGAUGAGGAGGCGGAUGCCAUCUACGCUGCGCUGGACAAGAGGAUGGACGAAAGAAGAAAAGAAAGACGGGAGCAGAGAGAGAAAGAAGAGAUCGAGAGAUACCGUAUGGAGCGCCCCAAGAUCCAGCAGCAGUUCUCAGACCUCAAAAGGAAGUUGGCAGAAGUCACAGAAGAAGAGUGGCUGAGCAUCCCGGAGGUCGGCGAUGCCAGAAACAAGCGGCAGCGAAACCCCCGCUAUGAGAAGCUGACUCCCGUCCCUGACAGUUUCUUUGCCAAACAUUUACAAACAGGAGAGAGCCAUACUUCAGUGGAUCCCCGACAAACGCAAUUCGGAGGUCUUAACACGCCCUACCCGGGUGGACUGAGCACACCCUACCCUGGCGGCAUGACGCCUGGGUUGAUGACGCCCGGCACGGGGGAGCUGGACAUGAGGAAGAUCGGCCAGGCCAGGAACACGCUGAUGGACAUGAGGCUGAGCCAGGUGUCUGACUCGGUGAGUGGACAGACGGUGGUGGACCCCAAAGGCUAUCUGACGGAUUUGAACUCUAUGAUCCCAACACACGGAGGGGACAUCAAUGACAUUAAGAAGGCACGGCUGCUCCUCAAAUCUGUCCGGGAAACAAACCCCCAUCACCCUCCAGCCUGGAUUGCCUCAGCCCGCCUGGAAGAAGUCACUGGGAAGCUGCAGGUCGCUCGGAAUCUCAUCAUGAAGGGGACGGAGAUGUGCCCCAAGAGCGAAGACGUCUGGCUGGAAGCAGCCCGGUUGCAGCCCGGCGACACGGCCAAGGCUGUGGUGGCCCAGGCUGUCCGUCAUCUGCCACAGUCUGUCAGGGUUUACAUCCGAGCAGCCGAGCUGGAGACGGACACUCGUGCAAAGAAGCGGGUUCUUCGGAAAGCCCUUGAACACGUCCCAAACUCGGUCCGCUUGUGGAAAGCCGCUGUCGAGCUGGAAGAGCCGGAAGACGCGAGGAUCAUGCUCAGCCGGGCCGUGGAGUGCUGCCCCACCAGCGUGGAGCUCUGGCUGGCUCUGGCAAGGCUUGAGACCUAUGAAAAUGCCCGCAAGGUCUUGAACAAAGCACGUGAGAACAUCCCCACUGACCGGCACAUCUGGAUCACGGCUGCCAAGCUGGAGGAAGCCAACGGGAACACGCAGAUGGUGGAGAAGAUCAUCGACCGGGCCAUCACCUCGCUGCGGGCCAACGGCGUGGAGAUCAACCGGGAGCAGUGGAUCCAGGAUGCUGAGGAGUGUGACAGGGCAGGCAGUGUGGCCACCUGCCAGGCGGUCAUGCGUGCCGUGAUCGGCAUUGGCAUUGAGGAAGAGGACCGGAAGCACACCUGGAUGGAGGACGCUGACAGUUGCGUGGCCCACAACGCGCUGGAGUGUGCGCGCGCCAUCUACGCCUACGCCCUCCAGGUGUUCCCCAGCAAGAAGAGCGUGUGGCUGCGAGCGGCCUACUUCGAGAAGAACCACGGCACCAGGGAGUCCCUGGAGGCGCUCCUGCAGAGGGCCGUGGCGCACUGCCCCAAGGCAGAGGUGCUGUGGCUCAUGGGUGCCAAGUCCAAGUGGCUGGCAGGGGACGUGCCCGCAGCAAGGAGCAUCUUGGCACUGGCCUUCCAGGCCAACCCCAACAGCGAGGAGAUCUGGCUGGCGGCCGUGAAGCUGGAGUCAGAGAACAAUGAGUACGAACGGGCCCGGAGGCUGCUGGCCAAGGCGCGGAGCAGCGCACCCACCGCCCGGGUGUUCAUGAAGUCGGUGAAGCUGGAGUGGGUGCUGGGCAGCAUCGCGGCCGCCCAGGAGCUGUGUGAGGAGGCGCUGAGGCACUACGAGUACUUCCCCAAACUGUGGAUGAUGAAGGGGCAAAUCGAGGAGCAGGGGGACCUGACGGAGAACGCUCGGGAGGCCUACAGCCAGGGGUUGAAGAAAUGUCCCCACUCCACACCCCUCUGGCUCUUGCUGUCUCGGCUGGAGGAGAAGAUUGGACAGCUGACCCGCGCCCGGGCCAUUCUGGAGAAGUCUCGUCUGAAGAACCCAAAGAACCCUGGGCUGUGGCUGGAGUCUGUGCGGCUGGAGUACCGUGCAGGGCUGAAGAACAUCGCCAACACGCUUAUGGCCAAGGCGCUGCAGGAGUGUCCCAACUCUGGUGUCCUGUGGUCUGAAGCCAUCUUCCUUGAGGCGAGACCCCAGAGGAAGACCAAGAGUGUGGAUGCUCUGAAGAAGUGUGAGCACGACCCUCAUGUGCUCCUGGCCGUGGCCAAGCUGUUUUGGAGUGAGCGGAAGAUCACAAAGGCCAGGGAGUGGUUCCACCGCACCGUGAAGAUCGACUCUGACCUGGGGGACGCCUGGGCCUUCUUCUACCGGUUUGAGCUGCAGCACGGCACUGAGGAGCAGCAGGAGGAGGUGCGGAAGCGCUGCGAGAACGCCGAGCCGCGGCACGGGGAGCUGUGGUGCGCCGUGUCCAAAGACAUCGCCAACUGGCAGCGGAAGGUCGGGGAGAUCCUCGUGCUGGUGGCCGCCCGCAUCAAGAACACCUUCUGAUGGUGCAGCCCCGGGCAACGGCUGCCCAGGCCUUCGCUCUGUCUGUCCUCAUUAAAGGUUCUGAGUCGGUCUGGUGA